CUGUGUGGGGUGAUUUACUUUGGUGGAUUCCACUUCACAGCAAGGAUAAUAUCAACAAAUGGUCAUAUCUGGUUCAAUGAUGGCAAAGAGAUAGGACAGAAUUGCACUGAUGAAGGUAUCCUGACUGCAAGUGGUGGCUUGCAACUGUGCAGUGCAGGGAACAGACAUAUGACAAUAGGUCUCUAUGUCAAGGUUGCCUAA